AAUCGGAAAUUGUUGAUAAAUUAAUAAUGGAAAGAAUGGGCCUCCCCCAUCACUCACCCUCACCACCUGCACCUCACCUUCACCAUCUCCAUUCUUCCAUUUUCUUCUCCACACACCUCCACGCUUUCCACCACCACUCCAACCGCCGCCGCCGCCGUUGCAGUACCGCACUCCCACACCCGAUUAGCUCCUUAAAAAUAAAUACUAGGUAUAUAUUAUUAUUUUCUUAAGAACACACACAAGAAAAGGAUAUAUAUUGAGCCGAAAUAGAGUGAUAAUUUAUGGAUGAAAUGUAUGGGUUUGAUUCGGCGGGAGAUUACUAUGUGGACAAGGCGCUGAUGUCACCGGAGAAUAUGAUGAUGGCGGAGGAAUACAAUCAGUAUCACUACCAUUCUCCGAUUAACUCCGGCGACAAGUACCAUCAUCGGAUUCCGAUGCUUGGUUCCGACGAAUUGGGGUUCCAGAGCUCUGUUGUAUCUCACGAUUCAGCUUCUGUUAAUGUCCAGAAUCAAAGAGAUGAGGAUGAGAUGAAGGCCAAAAUUGCUUCCCACCCUUCCUACUCUAAAUUACUUCAUGCCUAUAUUGAUUGCCAGAAGGUUGGAGCUCCACCAGAAAUAGUGUCUGUUUUGGAUGAGAUGAGGCGAGAAAAUCCAGACACUGUUUCCGUGUGCACAGAGCUUGAUCCUCAACUCGACGAGUUCAUGGAAACCUACCGCCACAUACUGGUCAAGUACAAGUCGGAUCUGUCGCGGCCUUUUGAUGAAGCAACCUCCUUCCUCAACGAGAUUCAAACGCAGCUCCUCAAUCUUUGCAAUGAUGAAGCAGCGGUGUGGUCGGACGAGGAGUUGAUGGAGCAGCAAGAUGCAGAGACGAAGAGAGAAGAUCGGCUGCUGAAGGAGAAGCUGGUGCGAAUGUACGGCAGCCACAUCAGCAGUCUGAAGCUUGAGUUCUCAAAGAAGAAGAAGAAAGGGAAGCUGCCAAAGGAGGGGAGGCAGAGUUUGCUCGCUUGGUGGAAUUUGCACUCCAAAUGGCCCUAUCCCACGGAAGCGGAUAAGAUAGCGCUGGCUGAGAUGACCGGUCUGGAUCAGAAGCAGAUCAACAAUUGGUUCAUAAAUCAGAGGAAGCGCCACUGGAAAUCGCCGGACAAUAUGUUUGCGCCGGACAAUCUCUCUCCCAAACCCAAUUUUGUCCCCCAAGAUCACUAACCUACUUUUCAUCCCUUCUUGUAUAUUAUUCACACCACUCGCUUUACCAUUUUCUCGUUUUUAAAUA